AUGAAGACUGGCGUCGUCUUGUAUGGCGCUCUGCUCGCUGCAGCUGUGGUCUUUGCUGACGAAAAGAAACCGAACGAGAAGAAGUCGAUAGCUCUCGAUCAAGUGCGGCAUAUUCCACAGCCGGAGGCCAGAUCUAUCUCCGAGAAGGCGGCCGUCAAAUUCAAACCUCAGAUCCUCGUUUCUGAGGGGUGCCACUCGUUCCCUGCUGUGAAUGCAGAGGGUGAGACUACUGUCGGUAUGAAGAUCAAUGGCACCUCUGAUAGCACAUGCAAGGGGGCUGAGACUGCGUCUCAAAUCUACGGGCGCAGCUGUUGGUAUCAAGACAAAUGGGCCAUCAUGUACGUAUGGAACUUCCCGACAUACACUGGUCAAGAUUUUCGCUCCGACUGGGAGCAUGUUGUCGUGUGGCUCGAUAACCCUGCAUUGGAAAACCCGAAGCUUGAGGCAGUGUCGGUGUGGGACCAAGCAUACAAGACACACGAGGAUGCAGUCCCGCCUGAGGCCAAGUAUAUGGACGGGUCGAGUGUCAAAAUCGAAUUGGGAAAAUUUAUGGCGUUCCGCAAGCUCGGCCUCACACAGUUGGCUGGUCAGUCCCAGGAUCUGAUUAUGUGGGACCAGCUGUCAGAAAAACUCAAACACGCGCUCGACUCUGCUCCAUGGGGCACACGACAGAUCAUGCCUCUGAGUGACUCACGCUUCGAGAGAGCCUUGUAUUUUGCUUGGCCUUUUGGUCCGGCGAAACGAGCCCCUCCUCCUGAUAUGGUAUACUGA